AUGGUGCAUGUAUCAGUCAGAAAGGUCCAGGCCACCAACAUGUUCUUGUCCUCCUGGGUCUUAGUCUUCUUGGCGGUAGGAAUCAUCAUUCAAGAAUGGGCUGAACUGAAGUUGGAUCCAAAAACGCCUAGGAUAAACCACAGUCCAUGGAUAUGCUGUACUUCUGUUUGGCCAGAAGGUGGCCUGGAAGUGGUCAGAAACAUGCUGAUUUUGGUCUUCAACUUUUCCUUCCUUCAUAACUUGCUCCUGGGUUUUGAAUUCACUUAUAUGAUUCCUCAAACUAAAUAUAUUCUUGUUAUGACUGCCUGCCUCGCUUUCCUCACAGGCAUCCUUCUGCUCUGUGCACUCCUACUGUAUCAACAAAUGCUACUUCAAGGUGAAUCUGUGUACUACUCUAGUUACAAGAUCACCUGGAUCAUUUUCACUGCGUACUUAAAUGUUUUCUUCUUAAUCAUCUCUGGAAUCCUCUCUCUCCUACAGCACAAGCAGUCCAUUGAUAGCUCUGACAGCCUGACCACCAUGACUAAAUCUGCCAGAGAAAGUCAGGUUAUGGAGCAAUCUGGGGCAUCUAUCAAAGUUAUUUCGUUACCAGCAGGCACUGCAAUGCCUCGUAGUAUUGUCCGUGUGCACUCUGAACAUACAAAGGUUGCUCCAAAAAAACCACAAGUCCAAGAACGUCGUGUAACCUGGGCUCUAUGA